AUGGACCGCUUCGGGCUGGGAAAGUACUCGCGUCUCAGCUUCAGCAGCCUCAAGACAAGGCGGGACAACAGCGAGAUCGAGUUGAUCAGCUCUCCCGACCCGCAAGCAUUCUCCCACCGCGACCCCUCUCCGAACGCGCCAUUUAUCGUCCCGUCGGAAAUCAUACAGUCUGAAGAGAAGGGACAGAUUUUGGACACGCAUUGGGACCCUUUCUUCUUGAGGACUUGGGUUUUGGUUGUAUUUGCUAUAUUCUUCGCUGCGGUCAUUGCUGCGCUGCAAGUGAUCUACAGCUUCUCGCAGAGCAAUCAUGGAAUCGCGACGAGCAGUGACGAGAAUCACUACCUAUGGACGUAUGGCCCGACGGCUGUCUUUGUGGUUGUGACGGUCCUCUGGCGCCAGGUCGACUAUGCCGCCAAAUCCAUCCAGCCAUGGGCGAAUAUGGCGACGGGACCGCAGCCCGCUAAGAACAGUCUUCUCCUGGAUUAUGUUACUCCGCUUCAGAUCUUGUCAUUUUGGAGGUCACUGAAGAGGCGCCAUUUCGCCGUCUCUAUUGGCAUCGGCGUUUUCGUUCUGAUCAAGGUCAUCACGGUGCUUAGCACCGGCAUAUUCAGCUUGCAAUCUGUCCAAAGGACCGACGUGCCGACGUUGAUGGCACUGAACAACACCUUUGAUGGCUCAAGCUUUCAGCAUGCCGCGGCCGUGGAUUCGAGAGCCGCUUUUGUGGCAUAUGGUCACAGGCAGUACAAUAUCAGUCUGCCGAGUGGCAGCACGGAUCAAUACACUGUCCAGGGGUUCGCUCCAAGCGACGGGAUUGUCAACGGCAGCUUGACAUACUCUGCACCCGUUGAUGUGUUCAGCGCCAGUCUUUCUUCGUGCGAGACCGGCAAGAUCAACUACACUACAUCUUUUGAUCGAGGCAGUAACACCCCGGUGGCCGCUUACUACAACAGUACUGUGAGUCUUCCUGACUGUCAGAUCGUUGGCGCAUAUCUCGAUGCUCCGGAUUGGUAUUACCUACAAAACGACACCGAUCAUCGCUUUGGCUACCGAGCAUCUUUUCAGAAUGUGACCUGUGCCAAUCUCCCGCCGAAUGACCCUACCAGAUUUCGCUACAUGAUUGCAGCAGCCUAUUCGGAGGGCGCAGGGCAAAACGACAACACACUGCUCAAUUCUUCCAAUAUUGUUUGUAUUCCUUCCUAUAUGGUGCAGUCAGCCAUGGUCACACUCGAUACCCGAGGCAAUGUGCAGUCUGUCAAUGUAACCGGAAAACCUCGUACAAUCAACGGAGUCAGCGCCGUCGAUAUUGCUGAUGGCGUUCUAUCAACUAGCCAACAGGCAUCUUCAAUCUCCGAUUUUUCAUCUUCCGACAUUACACUAGAUGUCUUCACGACCAUGAUGCAGCAGGAGACGGACGACUUCAGUGCAAAAGAUCUUCUUGAUCCGACUUACUUGAACAGCACCGGAAAUCUGGUCUACGGGAAGAUUGCAGCGCAACUCGCAAACUUGUAUCUGCUUGCGGAGAGCACGGAGGAUCCACGGGCGGUCGUCGAAGGCACGGUCUCAAAAGAUGAGAGCCGACUGAUUGCUAGACAAACGCCAAUCAGAAUCAUGCAAGCUGUCGCUGCGGUAAUGCUCUUGCUGGUUGUGAUCAUGUUGUUUAUCCGCCCGCGAGGGGUUGUGCCAAGGAGUGUCGAUUCGAUUGCAGCUGUGGCAGCAAUUCUUGCUCGAAGCCCAGAGCUGGAGGCUCGUCUUCGGGGCUCUGGACACAAGAGCUUGGAUGAGCUCGGUGAAAUCCUCGCUCCACACAAGUACCAGACCUGCACCGGGUAUGAGGAUGGAGCCCGGAGUUUCUCGAUUCGCAUCUCCAGCAGAACUGGAACCGAGCUGGCCAAAGUCUCAAACCAGGACGACUCAGUUCUUGGCAACGUCAAAUGGAUUAAGCCGUUCAUACUACGCCGGAUCGGCAUCUCGCUCACGAUCCUGGCAUCGCUCGCCGCCAUCGUUGCCCUUGAAGUACUCCUGUCGCAGUCCGAAAAGCACAAUGGCCUUGGCAGUGUAGACGAGGGCAGUGCGACCAGGUACUCGUGGCUUUAUGUGCCGGUCUUCGUCUUCCUCCUGUUGGCCACAUUGUUCAACAUUAUGGACUUCGAAGUCGAAUUUACCGAGUCGUUCCACGCUCUAGCGAAAGCGGAAUGCGACGCGAGAUCCUCCAUGCUCUGGUAUCCAUUACGACACAUGUCAUUACACGCCACCUAUAGUGGCCUGAAACACAGCAGAUUUGCCUUGACCGCGGCGUCAGCCUCCGCUAUUCUAGCACCUCUCCUGACCAUUGUGGUGUCAGGACUCUACACCACCAAGCCUACAAUCCAAGGGAUACCGGUGGGAGUCAACGCAUUGGACUGGUUCAACACCACCACCUUGGCGGACGUUUCCACGAACAUCCCCCUCCUCGUCAUCGAAGGGAACAUGUCGUAUCCUCAAUGGACCUUUUCGGAGCUAGCGAUUCCCAGACUGAAUCUUGUUGGUGCCAACGCGAAUCAGCUGCUUGUCCAGGGUGGCUCUCUCUCUGUCGAUACGCCUGCAAUCCGAGGAGGUGUCAAGUGCAAUGUGGUUCCUCAGGACCGCAUCAUCAACAACACCCUGAUGGCUGGGUACAUCAGCUCGAACAUCAGUACGCCUGAUGGUUGUGGGAACUCGGCAUUUGGAGACGGACCGAAUCUUUGGCUCAGUACCAGCGUCCAAGUACCUGUCAAUGCCUCGGGCUACUUUGGUUCUUCACUGGUACUUGGCUUCCUCGACACUUGUCCCACGCUUGCAUUGUACUACGGUCAUGUGGCCAACAACGACAUUGAGAACUUCACUGCGCUACUGUGCACGCAGUACUUGGAGCGAGUGCAGGCCAACGUGACCUUUGAUAUCCCGGGCUACUCCAUCUCCACUGAACCGAUGGCGUAUGAAAACUCGACCGCCAACUUCUCCAGUUUCCACACCGGGUUCUCGACGCUGCAGGUCUUGAACGUGACAUCCGCUGAUGAUGAGCUGGACGACACUUUCAAUGCUAUGGUGUAUGGCAAGGACGGCGUUCCGACAAACGAGCUCCUGAACGACACCACCCUGAUCGACUCAUACACGCACUUGUAUCGACAGUACAUGGCACAGGUCGUCAACAUCUACCUUCGAGCGGAUUUUUCGACCUUGUCGAACAACGCAUCUGAAACAGUCGUCAAUCCGUUGCAGGCGAACUACACGAAUCCACAGCAUUACAGGCUCAAGCAAUCGCCACUGUCAACUCAUUUGCUGGUAGGCGUUGUUGCAGCGUUGUUGAUUUGUGCAUUAGUCGUCUUCAUCACGAUUGAUAUGCGCAAUGUCUUACCGAAGCCUAUCGGAAGCAUUGCCGCGGUGGCAAGCUUGCUAGCGGGCUCCCGCAUCGUCGACCCAAGAUCUGGCCUGGUUCCUCCGGGAUCCGAGUACUGGUCAGAUGAGGAGUGGGAGAAGAGUGGUGUGUGGCAAAGUGAGAUGUUCCGAAUGGGAUGGUGGGACAAAUUCCAGGAGCCGGCCGACACGUGGACCAGCGAAGCCAGCCAGACAAAGACGUCGUCGAGAAGUCAUGUGAAUCAGUUGCAUUCAUCUACCGACGGGGAGAGGAUUGAACUGCCCGCAUCUUUCAGGAUCGAUGCCCGGCCCAAAUAA